UAUUGAGUACAGGGUUUUUUUAUCAAUUUGCUCCAAUUGGUUCGUAUUAUUGAGUGACAUAAUUAAUAUUUAGGGCUGUGAAAAUAAAUGAACAAAAUUAAACACGAAAAAUUGAAUAAAUUAAUGAAUUAAAAUGAAAUCGUGGAUAUUUCUUACAUUAUUAUUUACGUUGGGAAGUUUUAUAUAUGGAUCGAUGCAAUAUGAAGGUUUAGCUGAUAAUGAAUUUGCAGAAUUUGAAGAUUUUGAAGUUGAAGAUGAAGAAAUUGCACCACUUGAAACUGCAAAUAAUUUAAAUGCAAAUAGUCAGGAACAAGGUUUAAAUUUACAAGAAGAUGAAGGUGAAGAUGAUAUUAUAGUUGAGGAGGAAGAUAGUGAAUUCGAACAUUUUAAUGAUGAAGAAGAAUUUGAAGGAUUCUCUGGUGAACGUUCAGUAAAAAGUCCUGAUCAACCACCACGAGAACCAAAAAUUACUAUAACAAAUGUUCCUUUACCAUUUAGAGCAAAUUGGGAUAGUUAUUGGUUAGAGAUGUUAAUGAUUACGGGUUUGUUCGUAUAUUUUGUGAAUUUCUUCACGGGAAAAGCGAAAAAUACACGAUUAGCCAAUGCUUGGUUACAAACACAUAAAUCAUUGUUAGAUGAUAACUUCAGUCUAGUCGGAGAUGAUGGUAAAUUGGAGUCAGACUCUCCAGGAUUAAUUAAGGAGAGCGAAAAUCAAUUUACACUUUGGUGUAGUGGACGAACGUGUUGCGAAGGCAUGUUGGUUGAACUCAAAUUUUUAAAGAGACAAGAUUUAAUAGCAGUAAUCGCUGGAAUUAUGCGACCCGCCAUGGAUCAAGUACAUAUUAAAGUAAUGAUGAAUAAGGAAGAUAUGGAAAGUUUUGUAUUUUGUGUUGGUUCAAAGAAAACGGCCACCCAGCUGGGUAAAGAAAUGGCUGAUUUGAGUGUAUUUUGUGGUGAAAGACGUCCUGGGGACAAACAUGGACUUCCAUCCACAUAUCAAGUACUGAGUGAAAUGCAAGAAGUAACUUCAAACAUUUUAGAUUCCCGUGUUACAGCUUUUAUGAACAAAUAUCCGAAUCAAGUUGAAUACAUGCAUUUCUCUGAUCAAUAUUCCGGCCCUAAACAACCAGAAGAUACUCAACAAUUAAAACUUCCAGAAACUCAACGUGUUCUUUUAUUCGGAUUUAAUAUUCCAGUUAAAGGUUUAUCACCAAAUGAGGCUAUGGAUGCCAUUAAACAACAAAUGGUUCUUGUAUUUUAUUGUAUGGAAAAAGUGAAACGUUUCCGUUUAUCCAAAGAAGGUAAAUACAAGGCUGACAAAAAUAGAUUACGUGUAGAAGAGGCUUUCCUACGUAGUACAUGGCAAGCUCGUGCCGAAGCGGCUGCAGCUCGUCGUGAACAACGAAAACGUGCUGAAAAGGAAAAAGUAUUAGCUGAUGCAGAUCCUGAACGUCAAAGACGUUGGGAAGAAAAAGAACAAAAACGUCAAGCCAAACGACGAGCCCCACGUAUGAAACAAUUGAAAGUUAAAGCUCUGUAAAUAUAAACAUAAUAAUUUAAUUAUUAUUGUUUCUUGUGUCGCGUCGAAAUUUGUUUUUUUAUUAUUAAUUAUUAAAUAGUUGGUUUUAUUAAUUUAAUUCAUAGCGUAUUAUUCAUUAGCAACGGAUAUUAGUUGAAAAUCAGUUUGCCAUAACUGAUGUAAAUAAACAUAUACAGACAAAUAUUUGCCUAUAAAAGCUGGUUAAAAACUCAUAGAAAGUAAAAAAAAGGAUUCAGUUGCAUCUGGUUGAAUUUUUAUUUACAUUAAAUCGAAACGACGGGAAAAGUACGCCUUGGGUAGGCGUAAUAUUUGAUAGUUCUUCCAGAACGAGCGGUAAUUUAAGAGACUGUUGUCAAGGUUCUGUUGAACAACUUUGACUCUACGAAAUUUUUCAUAGUAGCUUACUUCUUAUUCAGAAGGGUCUAAAAAGUUUCUAAUUGCACAUGAUUAAAAUUUAUGAAUAUUUUAAGGAGAAUAUUCAAACAAGAAGGUAAUUGAAUAAGAAAAUGCAAAAAUAUUUUGUCCGACAUUCAAAAUAACGAGAUGUCCGUUAUCUAAGUUCUUAAACGUUGCAAUUUUCAAGGUGUCGGAUGACAGGUACCCUGCUUUGUUUUGUGUCUCCUAUUAAAUUAUCUACUUAUUUAAAUAUCAUUGUCCACGAAUAUUAAUCAAUUUUAAGCAUCUGGUACCCUUGGUUAAAAAUUUCCCAAGAGCCCUGAAAGAUAAAUUUCGAUAAUAAUAAUUUUUGUAGAGUAAAAAAGUUGUUAGACAGGGUCCUUACCUUAUCUUCUCAAAUAUUCAGCCGUUCUGACUAUGAAAUACUACGCCUAGUCCUAGAUUUAUUACUUUUAGAUGGCAAGAUAGUAAUAGUUUUGUAGAUUUGGUAAUCAACAUUGCAAUUAAAGAAGCAUGUUCACAAAUUAGUUAUUGUCUCCUGUAAUGAAAUCCAUCAUAGAAACUAAAUCUUUUCAAAACUCUCCUAAAAUCUUCGUCUAAGUGUACAAACUUUUAGUUAAAAGCUUUGAAGUUAGUUCGAUUCGAUGACAUGACUCACUUUAUUUCAAGGUAUUUAGAAUUAUUCAGUUUUUAUUUACUUUGUAGUCCUUUUCCUUGGAUUAGUCAAAUCAUUGAGAGAUCCCGAGAAAUUCACUAACUGAGACCAUGGGUGUUAUAUUUAAAAUAAAUACAUCACAUCAGUUCGACACAUUUCAAAUUAGAAAA